AUGACCAUUUGUCAAUUCUUCCUUCAAGGCCGGUGCCGAUUUGGACACCGGUGCUGGAAUGAACAUCCUGGAGCUCCGGGCGGAGGACGGCAGCAACCGCAGCAGCAGCCCGCAGUUGGUAACAGGCGCGGAUGGAAUGCCACUAGUGAGAGAAACUCCAGUGUGAUCCAGCCAUCCAGGUUCUCCAGAUCUGCUCCAUGUGGGGGCAGCAGAGACCAAGGGAAGCAAUCAGUAGGUUCUUUCCAGGGUGGAACUAGCAGAAGCAGCAGUGAAUUAGCCUUGUCUCAGAGCUCAUUUGCGUCACUUAACUCUGAAGAACAAAAGGAUGAAAAGAAACUACUCGAAGAAAUUGUAAAAGAUAUGGAGGUUUGUGAAUCAUCAGGGCAGUGGAUGUUUUCUGUUUAUUCACCAAUGAAAGAUAAACCUAAUAUUUCAGGUUUUACAGACAUUUCCCCAGAGGAGUUGAGGCUUCAAUACCAUAACUUCUUAACCAGCAAUAACUUACAGAGUUAUCUAAAUUGUGUUCAACAGUUAGUAAAUCAGUGGAAGAACAGGGUAAAUGAGUUAAAAACUCUAAACACAUCAACUAAAGUAACCUUGCUCUCAGAUAUAAAAGGGGGAGCCUGUCAAGCAGCACCUGCAUUUGGAUUUGGCAGUGGGCAAGCACAAACAUUUGAGUCAGUAGGGUUUCCAGUGAAUAACAGCAGACGUGAUAAUGCUUGCAAUUUUAGUUUUAAACCAAGCUCUGGAUUUGUCACAGCCCCUGUGGCCCCUUCUGGAAACCAACCAAUUUUCGGGAGUCCUCCAGCUUUCGGGGCUAUACCCUCUGCCAGUUCUGCCACUACUAAUUCCACUCCAUCUUUUGGAUUUGGGAAAGCUGAAGUCAUAUCUGCUUCUUCAUUUUCAUUUAAAAGUCCUGCAGCUUCUGGUUUUGGAUCCCCCGGAGUUUCAGUAUUUCCAGCUUCCUUGGCAGCAGGCCCUGCAGGCACUCCAGCAGCCCCCGGCUUUGGAAGUGGCAGUUCUGUGUCUGGCUUUGGCAUUCCAGGCUCGCAUUCUAACACUGCUUUUUCUAAGCCAUCAAAUAACAUCUUUGGAAAUGGCAACAUAGCCACUUCUCUCUCAGCGUCAAAUAGCAACACCACCACAGAUAGUAUGUUAUUCACCCCCAAGGAUCAACUAACAGCAAAAGAACUGGAACAGUUUCAGUCGAGGAAAUUUACUCUGGGAAAAAUUCCAUUAAAGCCACCACCUGUGGAGCUUCUAAAUAUGUAG